CCCAGCCAAGGUCCCUUCGUCUCAUCGCCGGCCAAGAUACCCCCGAAACCCCCUCCAUCGCCUCGCCACGCCUCGCUUCCUCCUCUCGCCGCCAAAUGAUGAAGUCCCUCUUCCUCUUCUCCGCCCACCCCAAGCCGCCUCUCCCCCCUUCCCCCCACCUCCGCAAGCUGCUCCGGCUCAGCGCCUCCGCCUCCGCAUCCUCCCCGCCCCGCACCGGCCGCUCCCCGAGGCCCACCCAUGGCAGGCCCCGGCACAGCCCCGGCCCUUCCUCCUCCUCCUCCUCUUCCCUCUACGCGCGCCCAAGCCUCCUCGUCAUGGAGCGCGGUCGCGCCGCCCGCCGCGCCGACGUCGACGCAUUCCUCGCCUCGCUCGGCGUCGACCCGGGCGAGCUCGCCGGCCUCGAGCUCCCCGCCACCGUGGACGUCAUGCGCGAGCGCGUCGAGUUCCUACACUCCCUCGGCCUCUCCAACGAAGACCUCUCCGCGUACCCGCUCGCCCUCGGGUGCAGCGUCCGCAAGAACAUGGUCCCCGUCCUCGACUACCUCGGCAAGCUUGGCGUCCGCCAGGACGCGCUCCCGGACCUUCUCCGCCGGUACCCGCAGGUGCUCCAUGCGAGCGUCGUCGUGGAUCUCGCCCCCGUUGUCAAGUACCUCCAGGGCAUGGAUGUCAGGCCGAUCGACGUGCCGCGUGUGCUUGAGCGAUACCCAGAGCUCCUCGGCUUCAAGCUCGAGGGAACCAUGAGCACCUCCAUCGCCUACCUCGUCGGCAUUGGUGUGGCAAGGCGGCAGAUUGGCAGCGUUAUCACCCGUUUUCCUGAGGUGCUGGGCAUGCGGGUCGGCAAGAUUAUCAAACCUUUCACCGAACACCUUGAGGGCAUUGGGUUGCAGAGGCUAGCUAUUGCAAGGAUCAUCGAGAAGAAGCCAUAUGUUCUUGGUUUUGGGUUGGAUGACAAGGUGAAGCCUAAUAUUGAGGCGCUUCUGGAAUUUGGGGUGAGGAAGGAGGCGUUAGCUUCCGUUGUGGCACAAUACCCGGACAUUCUUGGAAUUGAGCUAAGAGACAAGCUUGUUGCACAACAGAGCUUGUUUGAGUCUAGCAUUUUGGUCAGCAGUGAGGAUUUUGGUAGAGUGAUAGAGAGGAUGCCACAAGCCAUUAGCCUUGGUCGAACUGCAGUUCUAAAGCAUGUUAAUUUCCUAACUGCUUGUGGCUUCUUGCUCUCUCAGGUCAGCAAGAUGGUCGUAGCAUGCCCACAGUUGCUCGCGUUGAAUAUGGAUAUAAUGAAGAUGAGCUUUGAAUACUUUCAAAAUGAGAUGGAGCGGAAUUCAGAGGAGCUGGUUGAGUUCCCUGCAUUCUUUACAUAUGGCCUUGAGUCAACUAUAAGGCCGCGGCAUGAGAUAGUGGCUAAGAAGGGGUUCACAUGCUCUCUUGCAUGGCUUCUAAACUGUUCUGAUGAAAAAUUCGAUGAGCGCAUGAAGUAUGAUACAAUUGGGAUUGAGGAAAUGGAAGUUGAGAAUUCUUUUGACAUGAACACUUUGUCGGAACCUUUAGAUGAUGAGGUGGAAGAUGAAGAUCUGGAUGAGGAUAGUGAUUAUGAGAGCACCGAUGAUGAGUUUAUUGAAUAAAUUUUCCUAGUAUCAACUGUUUGCUGACAAACUAGCAUGUAGGUAUUCAGCCUGAUGCUCUGUUGUACAUGAUCAUGAUGCAGUUAUGCAGUCACUAGACUGUUAUUUUUUAAGGAUUGGCUUGAUAAAUAAAUGCAGGAUAUAACAAAAUUGUAGCUGAGGUC